AUGCACCCACAGAAGCUUACUGUCUCCAACGUGCCCAUGCACCGUAAUACUCGAGAUUGCAGACGAGUGCCGCCACGAGCCACGAGAAGAAUGUGUGCAUAGGACCUAGUUCUUGUAAACCCUUCCACUCGUCCAUCAGUUCCUAUAUUGCACAACCCAAGGUUUCUUUUUGUAUCAGCACGGUUUCAUUCCUCUACUCUUGAGGCCGAAACUUAUUCAGAAGCCUGUGAACGAUAGUAGCUGAGAGUUUAGUUAGUAUUUUGUAGGAAUCGGAUCUUGCAUCAUGACGGGGAUCGUGUAUGAGCAGGUGAUGCCUCACCUUGUGGUGAAGCCACACCAAGUGAACGACGCCAUUGCAUUCUACCAGAAAGCAUUCGGCGCGGAGGAGGUGAAGAGGCAGACCGUGAAGAAGCAGCAUCCCACUGGGGCGGACAAGUCUGUGCAGCAUGCGCAUCUCCGUUUCGGACACGCCGAAGUCCUUCUCGUGGAAGAGACGGAAGAGCUUGGAUCCAGUGUGCACAACGCGUCAUCCCUGCACGGAACGCCCGUCAUCCUUCAUAUCAACACCAGCGACGUGGAUGCGGCCUUCAAGCAAGCUGUGGAGGCUGGAGCCAAGGUGUCAGAGAAAGUCGCAGACCAGUCAUGGGGCCAGCGAUACGGCAAGGUCAUCGACCCCUACGGCUUCGUAUGGAGCCUUGCGACUCCCAUUCACGGCCAUAGCCACACUGCUUGAUUCUCCUCGGCAUUGUAACAUGUGUGAUUCAAGUGACGGAGUGAAGGAGGAUAAUCUCUAGGCGGCUCCUCACGUAAAAAUGCUCAGGAUCUGUACCCACUCUGUGUAUUCCAAAUUUCGUUAUAAAGUUGAGGCUUCAAUUCUCUGUAAAA